AUGUUCGCUUCCUCUAACCAGGUCUUCCAGGCAGGGAACGAGGCCCGGAAAUUCGAUGUCAUCGUUGUGGGAUCAGGGUGCUCCGGACUGACGGCAGCCUAUGUCGCAGCGAAGCAUGGGCUGUGCGUCAUUGUGUUGGAAAAAACUCGCUGGUUUGGUGGGACGACAGCGUUCUCCGGCGGCGGAGCUUGGAUUCCAGCGAACAAGCAUCAGCCAUGCAUUCAGGUUCAGGACAACACGGCCAAAGCAGAUAGAUACCUUCGAAACGCUCUUGGCUCCCUCUAUACUCAUGAUCGCGUUGCAGCCUUUCUAAAAUCAGGCCGUGAAAUGGUGGAGUGGAUGGAGGCUAAUUCCGAAGUCGCUUUUAAGCCGGUGCCACUGCCAGACUAUCACGUAUCAAAGGACGGGGCUUCGAUUGGACGAACACUACUGACAAAAGAGUUUGAUGGGCGCGCGCUGGGUAAACUGAUCAAGAAUGUUCGGUACCCCCUUCAGGGACUCUCGGCGUUUGGGACAAUGCAAGUCGAUCCCGCAGCGCUACCAAUCCUCACGAAUCCAUUCGGAAGCAUCAGCAAUCUGCGAUACGCGGUCAAAGUUUUUUCGAGAUAUCUUCUUGACCUUAUAACAUUUGGGAAAGGGACGGCCAUGGCGAAUGGCAAUGCACUGGUAGGCCGACUACUUGUAUCACUUCAGAGAGAAGGAGUUCAGCUGUGGAACAAGCACGCCGCUGUGGAGGCUAUUCUGGAACAUGGUCGGGUUACAGGCCUGAAGGUGCUCCAGGAUGGCCAUACAAUAUCUCUGCAAGCCACAAAGGGCGUUGUACUCGCCAGUGGAGGCUUUGGAAGAUCAGCGGAAGCACAAGAGUACCUCCCCCAUGAGUGGAAUGCAUCGGCAUCAGGCAGCACCGGAGAUGGAAAGCGUAUUGGGCUGCAGAGUGGUGGAAAAAUUCCUCCGAAGAACCCCAUGAAUGGAAUAUUUGCACCUAUAUCUCUGCUCAGGGUUCCUGGCCAGCCUGUUCGACGCUAUCCUCACUUUGCAAUUGACCGGUCUAAGCCGGGGUCGCUCAUCGUUAGCCCAGAUGGAAAACGCUUUGAGAAUGAGUCGGCUCCAUACCAGGAGUUUGUGUCGACGAUGCAUCUGAAGGGAAUCAAGAAAGCGUUCUAUAUAGGGGAUUUCAAUCAUCUCCGAAAAUAUGGAAUGGGAAUGGCACUUCCAUGGCCAUAUCCGAUCUGGCAGCUCCUAAGAAAGGGAUACUUGAAGAAAGCUCCUACUAUAUCGGCGCUCGCCGACAAGAUUGGGGUGCCCCGAGAGAGCUUAGAUAGGACCGUCCAGCAGUUCAAUUCUUUUGCAGUAACUGGAAAGGACAUCGAAUACUCACGCGGGGAAAAUGCCUACGACCAGUUUUACGGGGACAGCUCGGUGAAGCCCAACCCGAACCUGGGCCCAUGUCAGAGAGGGCCGUUCUAUGCGCUUCCAGUAUAUCCCGGUAAUGUCAGCACGCUGCUUGGGCUUGCAACAAAUACAGAUGCUCAAGUGUUAGAUGAGACUGGCAAUGCUAUUCCCGGUCUGUACGCUGUGGGCUGUGACCAGAACUCGGUCUUUAACGGGGCCUAUCCUGGUGGCGGGUCGAGCAUAGGACCAGGUAUGACCUUUGGCUACAGAGCUGGCUUGAGCUUGGCUAGAAGCGAGAAUUAA